AGAAACUUUAGAGCUUCGGCUUUAUCCGGAAGUGCUCGUGUGUUUUCGCCAUCACCUCCGCGAGGGCAGAGCGAGCAGAGAGCCGCACGCAGCGCUCCGGAGCAGCGCCACUCAUCUGAGCGGAACACGUUCACACCUGGUCUGACAGAGGAGGGCAGUUCGACGGCAGAAGCGGCGCCUCUCAGCAGCUCCUGGGUUAAUCACUUAAGGAAUGCGGCGCCAUUAGGACGGGGGCCGAAAGCGGAACACUUUAGUCAACUUUGACUCAACUUUCACCAACUUGUGAGGAGAGAAAAAGCCCGGGGGUGAUGGCCACGGGCGGGUUUAAGCCAAACGCCACCACCGACUUUCUGGAGGAGUGGAAGGCAAAGCGGGAGAAAAUGCGGGCCAAAAUGUUGGGGGACAUCGCCGCGGCCACCGGCGCCAACAACAGCCGCCACGCUUCUCCCGCCGGCGACAGCCCGGAGCGGGGCGCCUCCGCCGGGAACUGCCACCCCUCCCCUUGCGCGGUGGUUCGGUCCUCCUCCGGCGGCGCUUUGAGGAGAGCGGAGGAGGAAGCGGCGCACCACCCCGUCUCGCCGGAGAGCAGCCCGAGGAAGGCCACGCCUCAGGCGGACAAGGCUCCCUGCGCGUCCCCGGACUCCAGCCCCAUGGCGUGCAACGACGCCGACAAGGAGAGUCCAUCACCCGGCAAGGGCAAGGAGAAGAAGAGCUCCGGCCCCAGCGCCAGGAAGGGCAAGGGGCAGAUCGAGAAGAGGAAGCUGAGGGAAAAGAGGAGAUCAACAGGUGUUGUCAGCAUACCGUCCAAUGAGAGCCUGGAUGAGCUGGAUGAUGAAGAUGUUGGGGAGAAGGACAGGAGGGACGAAGAGGAGCUGGUCCAGGCCAACACCUGCCAGAAUGAGGCCAUGACAGCCGAUCCCACCUCCAUAACGGAGACUCCUAGAUCUGGCAGCAGCCGCCACAAAAGCUCUACUGGCUCUGAGGACGAGGUCACCGAGAACGCCCGGCAGGCGUACGGCCGCCAUGUCCGGGAGGGAGGAGCCGCGGGACCUGGGAGUCUGGAGAGGAGGCUGCACGAGCUGGAGAUGGAGCUGGAUUUCGCCUUUAAAGAAAACACCAAGCUGCUGAAGGUCAUCGAGGAUAAAGAGGAUCUCAUCGGGAAACUAAAAGAAGAAAUCGACUUGCUGAACAGGGACCUGGAUGACAUUGAAGACGAGAACGAGCAGCUCAAGCAGGAGAACAAGACUCUCCUGAAAGUGGUGGGCCAGCUGACGAGGUAGAAGUUCUCCGCGUUGUUCUGGAAGCCCGCCCUUCUCCUGUCGUCCUUCCCGGGGGGGGGGGGGGG